AUGGAACAACAACAACAACCACGACGAAGGUCACUACCACCACCACUACGACCACAACGGCACCUCCAUCGACUACUCCCUCUCCAGCACCAGCCANCAGCAGAAAAUGGAACAACAACAACAACCACGACGAAGGUCACUACCACCACCACUACGACCACAACGGCACCUCCAUCGACUACUCCCUCUCCAGCACCAGCCACCGUUCUCCGCCACCUGCAGAUCGUCUUCCGCCACGGUGAUCGCGCCCCACUGGAACCCCUCUUUCCCAAUGACCCCUUCAGAAGGCAGGCCGACUGGCCGCACGGCCUCGACCAGCUGACCAACGAGGGGCGGGCGCGAAUGUUUCGCCUCGGGCAGAUGAUUCGCCACACGUACGGCCACUACCUGGGCGAUGAUUUCUCGCCGAGGGAGAUUUUUGCGCGAAGCAGUGCAAUUGACCGCUGUCUGGAGAGCGCCCAGCUGGUGCUCGCUGGCUCUUACCCACCCAACUCGAGCACCUGGCAGUGGGACAAGAACGGCUCUCCGCUGCCGCUGGCGAAGCUCUGGCAGCCCAUCCCCGUGGCCUCCUUUCUCCCGCCCAAUGAUGACUCGCUGCUGCGCACCAAGCGACCCUGUCCGAAAGCGGAAGCCGAACGACAGGCGAUUCUCACCUCUCCGGCAAUGCAGGCGCUCCUCGCCGAACACGCCGCCCUCCUCGCCGAAGUGUCCACCGUUUCCGGCCUGAAGGUUGACCAGAUCAUCGAGGCGGACCGCUUUCACGAGAACACCAUCAUCGAGCACGAGAAUGGCCUCUUCUGGUCGGAGCGGCUCAACGCUGGCUCAAUGCCCGGCGGCUUCAACUGGACAAAGGAGCGCGAGGUGGAGGUGGUUCGCCAGCUGAAAGUCUUCAGCUACGCCCGCUGGAACAACGAGUGGAACUCGCGGCUGAUUCAGCGCGUCCGCGCCGGUGAGCUGCUGGCCACCCUGGCCGAUGCCUUUCACCAGAAGCGGUCCAUUCGAGACGUGGAGAACGCCGACCAGAACAAGCUGAUGCUCUUCUCCUCGCACGACACCAAGGUGGCCGCCCUCCUCUGGGCACUGGACCUCUGGAACGGCAUCUUCAUUCCCUACGGCGCGGCGCUCUUCUUUGAGCUGCACCAGCUGGUCGGCGAUGGCAGCAACGUGACCACCAGUGCCAGCACCGACUCUGGCUACUUUAUCGCCGUCAAGUACAUGAACGAGACCAUGUCCCUGCUGCAGGACAAGAACAACAACCUGCCCAGCGGCGGCAGCAGCAGCAGCAGCACCUUCAAGGACGCCUACGCCCUCUCGCUGCCAAAGUGCGCCGGGAAGGAGGUGCACCUGGCGGGCAGCCCUCCGCUCUGUCCGCUGGAGACCUUCCUCGAGCUGGUGGAGCAGUUCAAGGUGGCCAACUGGGACGAGGAGUGCGGCAUUGAGCAGUACAGCGGCGACG